GGUGAGGGCGACUGCAGCAGGGCGCGCGCCGCGGACACGAGCCUGGCAUAGUUUACCUCCACAUCACGAGAUCGUGUUUUGUAGCGGAAAUUUCACGCCCCGCCGGGCCGUGCCACCCUUGAAGACGCCUGAACGUUAUCCACCGGGCAGAAACAAUAGGAUGCAGUGUAGACUUGGCUAGUGACUGGUUUGCAGGCUAUCCACCUCUUUUGUCCCUGGAGUCAGCCAGUUGGGGGGGCAGAGCCCUGCAUUCCCCUCUUCUCAGUCUAAACCUUUGUUUGGAAAGGAACAACUGGCUACCACUGGAGUACGCGGCCCAUCCUUGCCUGUGUUGCUCGGUUCAGCACAGCUCAUCUCCUGACUGUGGAGAGCGUAGCAGCUGCAGAAGAUUCACUUUUAACCUACUAACCCAAACGGCCCCACCCACACUCUCCUGUCACCAUGGUGCUGUCACAACGGCAAAGAGAUGAACUAAAUCGAGCAAUAGCUGAUUAUCUACGUUCCAAUGGAUAUGAAGAAGCGUAUUCCACUUUCAAAAAGGAGGCUGAAUUAGAUAAUAAUGAAGAAUUGGAUAAGAAGUAUGCUGGUCUUUUGGAAAAAAAAUGGACUUCAGUCAUCAGAUUACAAAAGAAGGUAAUGGAACUUGAAUCCAAACUGAAUGAGGCUAAAGAGGAGAUCACUCUGGGUGGGCCUGUAAGUCAGAAGCGAGACCCCAAAGAAUGGAUCCCACGCCCACCAGAAAGGUACGCGCUGAGCGGUCACCGAAGUCCAGUUACACGUGUCAUCUUCCAUCCAGUCUUCAGUGUCAUGGUAUCGGCGUCUGAGGAUGCAACAAUAAAGGUGUGGGACUAUGAAACGGGAGACUUUGAACGCACACUGAAAGGGCACACAGAUUCAGUGCAGGACAUCUCAUUUGACCAAACUGGCAAACUGCUGGCAUCAUGCUCUGCAGAUAUGACUAUCAAACUGUGGGAUUUCCAAGGCUUUGAGUGUAUCAGGACCAUGCAUGGACAUGACCACAAUGUUUCAUCUGUAGCCAUCAUGCCCAAUGGAGAUCACAUUGUUUCUGCCUCAAGGGACAAAACCAUGAAAAUGUGGGAAGUGGCAACUGGUUAUUGUGUGAAGACCUUUACAGGCCACAGGGAGUGGGUUCGUAUGGUGCGGCCCAACCAGGAUGGCACAUUACUUGCCAGCUGUUCCAAUGACCAGACGGUUCGCGUGUGGGUAGUGGCCACCAAAGAAUGCAAGGCUGAACUGCGAGAGCAUGAACAUGUGGUGGAGUGCGUCGCCUGGGCUCCAGAGAGCGCCCAUCCCACUAUCCUCGACGCCACAGGUUCUGAGAGCAAGAAGAGUGGUAAACCAGGUCCCUUCCUGCUGUCUGGCUCCAGAGACAAAACCAUCAAGAUGUGGGAUGUCAGCAUUGGCAUGUGCCUUAUGACACUGGUUGGACAUGACAACUGGGUUCGUGGGAUCCUCUUCCACCCUGGAGGAAAGUUUAUUGUGACCUGUGCAGAUGACAAAACCUUAAGGAUCUGGGAUUACAAAAAUAAACGCUGCAUGAAAACCCUGUGUGCCCACGAACACUUUGUUACCUCUCUGGAUUUCCACAAGGCUGCACCCUUUGUGGUCACUGGAAGCGUAGAUCAAACAGUAAAAGUGUGGGAGUGUCGCUGAUUUGGACCUUGGGGAAUUGGACCACCACCCUGACAACCCGGCGCUACUCUGGAUUCCACACCCCCCCUCCUUACUCUUAUCCCAGCCUCCCGUUAUUCUCCCCAUCCCGUCAUCUAACCUAAACCUCCACCCGCAUAUCCUUAUCUUCUCCAGCUGCACUCACCACCAUGGUUAUUUACCCAUAGCGCUCUCUGGUCCAAUAACUUUUGUCCUUCUGUGUAAAUUAUUCCUGGAUGUAGAUCGAGCUAUUAAAUGUUACACAAAAAAGUAUUCCUGCAUGGUAAUCCAAAAUUGUAUACUGUAAAUUUACAUAACGUUGUCUAGAAGUACCAUAGGUUUAACACGGGGCUGAGCGUCUGUCACGCAGCCUUACCAACCACCUGAAGGCAGAUGUUUUUGACUGGGUGUAAAACAUAGGGCACUAAAAAAACAACAAUAAUUUAAGAAAUGACAGUGUCUUUAUAUGUAAUUGUUAUUUUGUCUAUUUUUUUUAAUUUUUUUUUUAUUUAGGCCUUUUUUUUUCUCUGUUAUUCCUCUCUUCACUGUCGUAGUCUGUUGGUGCCUAGCUUGGUGACACGCUUGAGAGAUAAAGGGGGAAAAGCAUAUAUGAUGCGAUGAAAUGUCUGUGGGGCUUUGAUAUUGAGAUAAUCUGUAGCUUUAUAACAUCACUUUUCAAGUGUGCAUACCAUUUCUCUUCAUGUGGAACUAGGUAAUAUUUUAAUGGCUGUAUAUACGAAUGUUUCAAACUGUUGUCCUUGGACCUGGGGGGCUUGAAAACAGCUUUGUACUCUUGUUAUGUGGUGGCAAAUGGUCCACUGCUAAGCGUUGGAUAAAUUAUCUAAUUUAGUAUGAGUGGCUUUGUGAAUAGCUGUGAUAAGCUUUUCACUAGAAGCCAGACUUGGCGAGCAGGUUAGUUUUACUGUCGGCGAGUGUCCAGUGUCUCUGCAGCACCUGAGAAGAUUCCAUGGACUACACCUGUUAUAUAUUGUUGCGCUUGAUGAACAUGUGGCCGUGGCUCUCUUUAGGAAAUUACUUCCUGUGAUCUGUGUGUUGGAUCAUUUAAGCCGAUUCUUAGGUUCACAUGGUGUUGCCUUACUGCUCAGCAACACCGGGGUUGGGAGCAUUAAGAAUGCUCAAUGGCGCCACAGAAAAAUAUGAACACAAGACUUGUUUGAAUUAAAACUGCUCAAGGAAAUAAAACUGUAAAGGCACUACGAGGAGUCAAAGUGAGUCCCCUGGGUUUGAUAUCUGGGAUGUGCAAAAAUCUCUACUUUCUGCAUCCUGUCUGCAGAAUGAAAAUGGUUUUGAAAGAUAAAUUUCUGUAAAGUAAAUAAAAAAAUAGGAAAUGUUAAUUUAGCCUGCUGUAAUGAGAUUUGGUGUUUUUUGCAUCAUCGCACUACAGGAUAAAGUGGAGGUUUAGUGAGGAAAUACUGGCUACAGACAUACAAAGUGAUCCGCUGUUUCCUCUGUGAAGCGAUCUGGCAAAAGCUGCUCACUGUAAACUGAUUCUCUUGGAUCAGUUGUGAAGGAUCUCUGCAGACAAAAUCCACAAACAACUCCUCACGUAUGUCUGUGUGUUCUGAGCGAUGUUCCUCAAACGUUCGACUUUUGCUCUCGGUGAAGUUGUAACUGUAAAACAGAGAAAGGAUACAGAGCGUAAACCAGUCCAUGCUGUCGACUCAACCAUUCCACUUCUCAUCCAGGACAAAAACAAAUGAGACAUCUUGCCUCAAACUGUAGCCGACAAGGUGGUUCAUUAACCUUGCACAUCCCUGUUUUCACUAAAGCUUCAGUCGUUUAAUAGAGAUCGGAGAUGACAUUAAAGUUAAUUGAUGUUGAUAAGAGUGUAAACUUAUAAUUUCUGAUUAGCCUCUUCAUUCCAUUGCAGUUCUAAGCUAAUAAAGAUUUCCACUGCUUAACUUUUUAUCUUCUUUGCCAAGUUUUCCUCUUCCUGUGUCUACUGGAUGUGGUGAUCUGCUGCUCAAGCUCUUGCUAGUGGCUGCUGUGGGCCUCAUGUGACCUGUUGGUGUAGCAUUGCUGCAUGUUAACCUACAUCCAGAGGCAGAGCUGUCAGAACAUAUACUUUUAAAACCUUCAAAGGCCAUGUAUCAAAGUAACUGGUUAAGUGACUGUGACUUAAGUCUAUGUGUACUUUAAAGUAGUUUGACAAUUUGAGGUAUGUGCUUACUCUGUCUCUUUCGCUGAGAGUUGGCUGAGAUCUGUACCAGUUUUCUCCAACAUUAGUAUAAGAAAGCAAGCAAGCAUACAUUCAGAUCUGCUCUUUUUACAAUACUAUGUCUUUGGCUAGUUGAGUUCAGACAGCUCCGUUGUUUGGUUUGUAGAGAGGCUGGUUUGUUGUGUGUGAUGCUGUUUGAAGGAGGUUUUAGAGCCUCCUCGUAUGUUAAUGCAAUGGGAUUGUGGCAGACUAGGAUGCCCCAAAGGCAAAAUCCUCUCUUUCAGGGACUUUCACUGAUGUCUCCCUUUUAAUGUGUGCCCCCCUUUGCAAAGGUAUUUCUUUUUUGUUUUUAUAUAUUUUUUUUUCUUUUCUACAAGCUGUUUUCUCUGUCUAAGCAUCCGAGGCAAAAAACUUUGGGGGGAGAGAGAAGCAGUUAAUUUUGUAGUUGCAUUUGGCAGUGCUAAUGAAGAUGCCAAUGUGUUAAAUGUUCUAGCUGAAGCCAAAAAUGGAGACAUCGGUCUGAACAAUCUGGUUUAUCUCAAGAAAAUCAGCCUCCUUGUUGGUCUAACACUGUGACCAACCUUUGAAAAUUAUUAGAGUCCCCUCAGGAUCACGCUAUGAUAUACCAGACCAUAGCAUGUAAAUUAAAAAUGCAUUUCCUUCCUUGGCUUUACUCAAGGAAGGCGUUUAACUAGAGGUCAGGAUGAUGUGUGUUCUGUUUAUUUUGUAAUAAUCACAGAAAGAAACCAGCUUAAAUUGAAAAAAAAAAAAAAAAAAAACAGCUGCUUUUAUGAACAUGUUGGAAAAAGAAAAUCCAGUUUUGCCAUUCACAGGUCCAAAGCAAUCCCUUCUGCUGUAGUCUGGGGUAUGAAGGAACCGGCAGGCAGGCUUUGACUGUUUGUGGGUGGUUUCUCCCAGACUCGAGUCCCUCUGUCCUGUAAGCUGCCUGUGAGUCACAUCUGAGGGCUUCAGACUGCACAACAAGCUCCUGCGGGAGAGCUCGUGAUGUUUUCGCCACUAUGGUCUCACUCUUCACACAGCAAACUGUUAACAAUAUACCUGGAUGUCAUUAUUGUUUGCGAUAUAAUAAAAGAAGAAAAUUUG